CAGAUAAUGAAGUGCAGUUCGAAAAGGUGAAACUCGAUUAUUUUAAUAAUGAAAUGAAUAGAAUUAUUAUAUAAUCACAUAAAUUGGAAGAUAUUUAAGGAGAAAAAAUUGGAGUGUCGUGGGGUUGAUUUUGCGUGAAAACUUUAUUGAGGUCAAAUUAUAUUAAAGUUAUUGAAUGAGAUUUGAAAAUUGGUGAUUAUGUGGAAGCUUGAAAAAUAACAAAAAUAGAGUAAUUUAUAUCCUUAUUUUAGUAAAAGUAGAGAGAGGAAUUACAAGGAAAGAAAAGUCGGAUGAGGUUAAUAUUUCUCAAAGAAGUGAUGAAAACUAUCUUUAGGACAGAAGAAUGGAAAAUUAUGCAAAUAAAAAUAUAAUUCUGAAAAGAAGGUUAAUAAUAUAUUAUUUAUUUAAAUCAUAAUUUUAGAAAGAUGGUAUUUAUUAUGAAAAUGAAAAAUGGAUUAACUUUUAGAGUAAAGAUAAAGAAUAAUAUUAUUUAUAUUAGGCUCAAUUAAACAAGCGAAAAAGGUUUAUAGUAAAAACAAAUUUAUAAGAAAAGGUGGAUUAGGAAUUAGAAAAUAUUAAAUUAAAUAAUUAAUCUUUUAUAAAAGUGGAAAAAAAUUUGAAAAUAGAAAAUUGUUUGUAAGAAAUAGUGCAUGAUUGAAGAAAAGAGAGUAAAUUGCAUCAACAUUUUUAGGAUUAAUUUUAAUUUUAAUUUUAAUUUGAAAUUAAUAAUAAAUGAGGAUUAUUGAAAAAUGAGUUAGUGGAAUUUUAAAAUGGAGAAUAUUUAUUUAACCAUUGGAGAGAAGGUUAUUAUGAUGAGAAU